AUGUGCAUGUCCAGGGCUAUAAAGUCCACAUGUGAGUCCUCUUCAUUCAAACUCCACUCUCUUCCGGCGCUCAGGACGCGGUUCCAAAACCUCAAGAAGAUGGGACUUACAGAAGGAGAUGGCUGUGAGCGUUCUGCUUUGCUGUUGGCCAAAUUAAACCACCAGAGAAUGAAAGCUGAGUUCUGUGAUUGUGUCAUCAGAAAGGGACAGGGUCAGAUCUUCCCUGUGCACAAGUGCUCCCUGUGUGAGCGCUCCUUCAGUCAGAGAGGAUCUUUGAACAGACACGUGAAGAGCCACCUUGGAGUGCGGCCGUUCCCCUGUCCGCAGUGUCCCAUGUCGUUCUCCCGUCAGUACCGCGUCACAGAGCACAUGCGUGUACAUCAGCGUUCUGCUUUAGGGGCCGACUGCACAAAGCCUUCAACAGUUUAA